AUGAUUUUUCUUUGGCUUUCUUUCGCUUCUGCAGUAAAUUAUUCAGUGUAUAAGGAUACCAAAGGAAUAUUCUAUAAAUGGGCCGAUUGGCAUUACAGUUUAAUGAAACUUACCUUUAAAAAAGCAAAAUUUGUAACACAAUUUAAUUUACAAUUAUCAGUUCCAUUAGAAGAAUGGGUUAACAAUGCACUUUCCAGAGCAACUACUAACUCAACUCCAAAAAUUUCCUCGUAUAAAAUUCUGAAUGAUGCUUUAACUACAUUAUUACCAACAAAAAUCGAUGCAACGAAUAUAGAUACUAUCAAACAAGUUAAAUUCGGAAAUCCAAGUGUAAGCGUUGACUUCGGAUUUGAUUUCAACACUUUUAUCAAUGAAAUCCAAGAUGACGUACCAAAAAACCCUAUUAAAAUCCUUCUUGGAUUUGCACUUUCUUCAUUCAUACUUGUAGCUUUAGUCAUCAUCGCACUCAUUACACAAGUAUUUUGUAUUUGCUGCUCAUGCUGUGGUUCACCAGUAGAAAAGAGGUCUCCAAAGAUAUUACAGCUCGUCUUCUUCUACUUAUCCAUCUUGCUUUUGUUCCUUGGCGCAGUUUGUGUCUUCCUUAUGAUUAACCAACUAGAUCAAACAAAACAAGCUUUCUUUGAUAUAGAUAAAAUCAUUGACAAGACGCUAGCUGAACUAGACUCAAAUGUUACAGUAAUUGAAGACAUUAUCAAGCCAAUUGAAACUUCAGUUCUUGAUGCAGUCAACAACACUCCCAAGACAUAUCUAACCAUUAUAGAUAACGUAAAUACCACAUUGCGACCUAAGUUUGACUACCUUUACAGUGGACUUACAAAAGAUGGCUCAAUUUUCCCACUUUUCGCCGCAAGCUCCAAUAUCUCCAAGAUCAUUUCCCAAAUUAAUCAUGAGAUAGACAAUAUUAACUCAGAUCCAACCAUUUUACACAAAAUUAACAAAGUUAACAUAAAUGAUGACGUAGAUAAGGCCAAAGAAGAUGUUGACAAGCAGUACAACAAAGCCAAGAACAAGAUCGAUGAUUAUAUCCAGCAGGCAAAGGACUACGACGUUCAAGGCGAAAUUGAUAAAAAGAAUUUCUCCGAAAAGUUGAAUACAACUAAAUAUUUCGACAAGGUCCAUGAAUUCUGCCACAAGGAUCUUACUCUUUCCAACCUAAUGGGCAAGGAUUUGUCGAAAUACAAGAAAUAUUUCUUUUUCAUUGCUCUUGCCUUCUUAGUCUUUGCAUUUGCACUGUUGAUUCUCAUUGGUCUUUACAUAUUUGCCUUCCAUGGCCUGUUCUGCGGCGUUUUCUGCUCAAGAUUCAACUGGAUUUUCCCUCUUAUUUGCGUUAUCUUAAUAAUUAUCUUCGGAACGGUAUCAACAACAGCCUGCACGUUGAUUAUCCACGUCAACGACCAAGUUAUGCCAUCAAUCAACAACACGAUCCAGACACUCCUCAGUUUAGUUGAUAAUUCAUCCAUCGGAUACCCAUCAUUCGAUAUCCCGAUCUACCACGAGGACACAACGAAGUAUUCCUUCAAAUUGCCGUUCUACCAGACAUCAAUAGCGGGCUGGGAUCCUCUUGGCAACCUCCUGAACUCAUCGUACAAAGCAGGCCUUGGCAAUUUCCUCAAAUUGGACAAGAUCGGACCAUUCUACUACAUUGCGGCCGUAAUCAACACUGAUGCCAUUGAAAAACUCCAUUACGCGGCCAAAAGCGUCAUUUCCUAUGAAGCAACAGACCAAAUCAACAGCAAACUCGGCUUCAUACUCAACGCACAGACCCUCCGCGACCUUUCAGACCAAAUUCCUGACUUUGACAAGAAGAUUAACGAUACAAUUAAUGAAAUCGACGACGAGGCAUCAAACACACAAAAUGCAACAACCAACACAUCCAUAAAUAAUAUUAAGAAAUGUCUUGAACAACUCAGGACAAAUUUGGAUGAAAAAAUUCCGAUAGCGUUCGAUUCAAUGAAAGACCACGCCCGUAAAUUCGCCACUGACUUUACAUGGGAGAAUAUUGACACUUUUUACGGGUCUACUGUUGAAACCAGUUUAACAAAUCUAUUGACACCACCGUUAGAAGAUAUCAAUACAUUCCUUACUAAGUCCAUUUACAACAUCACAUCAAACAAUCCAACAAUUUCAUUAAUACAAACACCACUGUUUUUAGUCACAACAUAUAUCAUCAGGAAUUUAGGAAUUAUGUUUUCAUUGAUGUCGAUUUCCAACUAUUGUUUCCUUGUCGGUGUCCUCAUCAUUGUAUUUGUCCUCAGAAGUAGACUGAGAUACAUUGAAGACCCGCCUGAUCCAUACGAAGAAGAGGAAGAUUACUUCGAUUACGAUUACGACAUGGAUGACAUGUACGAUGAUUACGACGACGAAGGUGAUGAUGGAGAUGAUGAAUCAGAUCACCACCACAGUCAUCAUCACAGCCAUCACCACAGCCACCACCACGGACACAAAGGAAGUGGUGCAUUUUGGUUGGAACACAAUUAA